AGAGAAAUGCCGAUAACUGGCAUUUCCGUGUUUACAUGUGAUCAGCUGUGAUUGGACAAAGCUGAUCACAUGACUGAGCCGACAUCUUCGGCUCUUUCCGUGAUCUGCUGUGUCCGAGGGACACAGCGCAUCGGCGAUCGCCGCGCUGCACGCUCCCUGAGCCGCGCAUGCACGGUGAGAAUGGUAGGACGUCAUAUGACAUCCUAUCAGAACGAGAGAACCACCUUGCGCCCGUCAUUGUACUAAUGGGGGCGGAAGGUGCUUAAAGUGUUACUAAACCCACAAC